UAUACCAACCUACACUCCUUGCUCCUACAUAUCCCGCGCCUUGCAUGCAGUUCCAAGUAUCAUCAAGCAGUGAUACUCAAAGCACCACUUUCCAGUUAUCUAAGUUAUUCAACUAUCACAGUAUUUUAACCAUGGAUACUUGCAAGAAGUCACCCCUGAAGCCAUGGAAGAAAGGGCCAACUAGGGGGAAAGGUGGUCCACAAAAUGCCUCGUGCGAGUACCGAGGUGUUAGGCAGAGAACUUGGGGCAAAUGGGUUGCUGAGAUAAGAGAGCCAAAGAAGAGAACCAGACUCUGGCUUGGUUCUUUUUCCACAGCUGAAGAAGCUGCCAUGGCUUAUGAUGAGGCUGCAAGGAGACUCUAUGGACCAGAUGCAUACCUUAAUCUUCCCCAUCUGCAGCCCAGGUCUACUUCACCUAUUACACCAGGAAAGUUCAAAUGGUUCCCUUCCAAGAACUUCAUUUCGAUGUUCCCUUCCUGUGGAUUACUCAAUUUAAGUGCUCAACCCAGUGUUCAUUUUAUCCAUCAGAGGCUACAAGAGCUAAAGAAAAAUUCAGUUGAGAGGCAGUCCCCAAAUAGUUCAUCCAAUGAUCCAGAGGCAGAAAUUCAGAAUGUAGUGGACAACACUAAUCAUGCAGAAAGUCCUCCAAAAGACUCUCAAACAUCAUCAGAGGAGGUUCCAGGAGAUAUUCAAGAGAAACCCCAGAUAGACCUACAUGAGUUUCUUCAACAGCUGGGAAUACUUAAAGAUGAAAAACAGUCAGCUGAUAGCACAGAAAGUUCAACAGUUCCUGAAGCUGUGUUGAGAUAUGAAAAUGACGAAUUGGGAGUGUUUUCUGACACGAGUGUUAACUGGGAGGCUUUGAUUGAGAUGCAUGGAAUUGCUGGUAUUCAGGAAUUAGAAUCCACCCAGCUUGAAGCAUAUGGCCCAAAUGAUGACCUUACUUUUUCAACUUCCAUUUGGAACUUCUAAGUAACUUGUUUUUUCUGUUCAAGAAAAGAGAGUAGGUUAGAUAUGGGUACUUGGAAUAUCAGAUUAAGCACUUUAGUCCUGUUUAUGUCUGCAGAAUUUGAAUCUGCUGGCAGCAUAUAAGAGUAGGAAAGUAGCUAGAUUAGUAGACUACCAGGUAGAAAAGAACUUUCAUCAUUCUGCAAGAUGAGAAAGUGAGGAUUUUUAUUGCAGUUGCAGAUGCAAUAAUCCGUAGCAUCUUGUGCGAGUGUUAUGGACUGCAGAAUUAAAAAAGAAGCUCAUCCAUAGCCAACAAUCUGAGACAUCAAAUUUGGAAUGUCACGGAUUUCUUUGAGAGAAGCUGUUAGGAAUAUGAGGCAGGUUCAAGAUCUAAUCUAUUUU